CACUUUGAAACAUCUUCAUUCGGAGUGUUUUCCAUUUCGUGCCUACUGAACAUGACCCUGUUUUGUGACCUUUAUUGUUGUUUUCUGGGAACCCUUUGAUGUCCCUUAUAUACCCUUGAGUAUAAUAUUUCCACCAGCAUAAUAGUUUUAUAAUGAAGCCAUAAUCCCUGGGCUGUUAGUGUACACACGCAGAGCCAUUUCCCUAUGGACAAAUAGCACCCCACAAGAGAGAACACACUACGUACACACACUCUCCAAGUUGUUGGCGCUGGAAGAUUGUUUGCAUGAGCACAAACAAUAAAAUCCCUGAUCCCAUGAGGUGCGUAGUACACCCUAUCUCCAGGUUGACUCUUCAGAGGGGAGCAAAGUUGCACACAGACGCUCUCUAGUCUGUAGCGUAUCGUUUGACCCAUGGCGAACUUCACUACUAUGGACGACAACUGCUGCGCCUUCGACUCUCCCAUUCUGGACCUGGUCCUGCCUCCUAUCCUGGUGCUGGAGUUCAUAUUCGGGCUGAUGGGGAACAUUGUGGCUCUGUGGAUGUUUAUCUUCCACAUGGACACCUGGAAGCCCAACUCUGUCUACCUCGCACACCUUGCCGUGGCUGACUCCAUCGUCCUGUUCUGUCUGCCCUUCAGAGCCGACUACUACAGACGUGGCAAACACUGGAUCCAUGGUGAUGUCCUGUGCCGGCUUAUGCUGUUCCUGUUGGCGGCCAACCGUGCCGCUGGCAUCUUCUUCCUUACUGCGGUGGCCGUAGACCGUUACUUCAAGAUCGUUCACCCUAUGAACAAGAUCAACAGGAUGGGCCUGAACUAUGCUCUGUGGGUGUCUCUGGGCCUGUGGGGCCUGAUCAUCGCUGCAACCGGGUACCUGCUGGCCAAUGAACACUUCUUCUACCGCAACAACCGGACUCAGUGCGAGAGCUUCAACAUCUGCAUGGGCUUCAGCCCGCUGUCUACGUGGCACAACACCUUCUAUGUAAUCCAGUUCUUCCUGCCAACCACCAUCGUCACCUUCUGCACUGUCUGCAUAACCUGGCAGCUGAAGAGCAAGACGCUUGACACCAGAGGGAAGAUCAAGCGGGCGGUGCAGUUCGUCAUGGCCGUGGCACUCAUCUUCAUCAUUUGCUUCUUCCCCAGUACGGUGUCUCGGAUCGCUGUGUGGAUCCUCAAGGCCUGGUACAACGAAUGCCGGUAUUUCCAAGAGGCCAAUCUGGCAUUCUACACCUCUGUGUGUUUCACCUACUUCAACAGCGUGCUGAACCCCAUCGUAUACUACUUUUCCAGCCCGGCCUUCAACGGGACCUUCCUAAAGCUGUUCAACAGACUGCUAGGGAGGAAAGAGGAGGAGGAACAGUCAGCCUCGCCUGUGAAUGGGACCGGGAUCUGCAGUCCGAACACAGUAUCAGGGAAGAUCUGAAGUGGUAGUUAGUUACUUCUAACCACUGAUCCAGGAUCUGGGCCUGGGCAUGUACUCGCAAAGUGUCUCAGAGUAAGUCUUAUUCAUUGUGGUCUAAAAUACAAAACUGAUCUUAGAUCAGCACUCAUACAUUGAGACCCUUUGUGAAUAUGGACCCAGAAGUAUCUGACUCUGUGUGGUUAUUUCUACUCCUAGUGCAGGGUUCCUCAACUGGUGGCCCACAGGUGAAUUUAUUUGUCCCCCCAAGUUUUCUGAGCAAAACAAAUCUAUAUAGAUAUUUUAUUUUUUGGAGUUAUUGUUGUUGGACAUAAAAUAUUGUAAAAACACCAGCAAAAAUAAAUCAAGUGAUUUUAAUUAUGGAUAUCUGUUCCAAAGAAUUCCCACACAUUAAAGACAAAUACAAUAUAUGUGGGAUCAUAUAUAAAUGUAAGUAAGGUUUGAAAUGAUUGUUUUAUUUAUAAUUAUGUUCUGGCCCCCUGACCAUGCUCAAGAAUAAAUCUGCCUGCGGCUCAAUCUAAUUGAUGUUCCUGUUCUAGUGGAAUAUUGUUAUCUGUCAGUGACCACGUUUACAUGUGCACAGUAUUCCAGACAGUAGUUCAUAUCCUGAUUAAGAUCUUAUUCGGGACAAGCUGUUUACAUGCACCUUUGAUAUCCCAGUCAGGGAUAUCCGUUUAAACAUGAAUAAACAUAAUAUUCCUAAUUUAAGUAUAUGGGUUAAAUGGAAUAGUAUCUGAAAUAUGGACACUGACUGUAAGCCUGUAACCUCUCACAUGCAGAGUAGUAUAAUAUUAACUCCUGCAGAAAUAUGCAUAUCUUGCAGUGAAAUUAGAACUCAAAUGUACAUUUUGUCUAGGGAACAGAAGUGGAGAAAUAUGAUUUAUUUAUUUCAGCAUCUCUUGAGAAAAUGUUAAUGUGCUUGUAAUGUGUUAUCUUUGACACUGUUAUGCAAGCAGAUGGUAUUUCAACAAAAUAAAAUAUGCAGCCAAGACGAACUGAAGUCUUAUCAGAAACAUAUUUUGUAGUUUUUCUCAGUUUAUCAUUUCCUUAAAAACGGUCAAACUGAUGACAUUUGGACAUUUUGCAUAGGACCAAUCUUACCACUUUUUAGGAGU